AUGAAUCAACUGGACGAGUGGGACUACUCGCCGCUGAUCCUGGCCUCCAUCUGUGGCCACGAAAAAGUGGUAAGACUGCUGCUCGAAAAGGGCGCCAUCGUCAACAGAGACACGUUCGAGGGCUCGCGGGCCAUCUACGGCGCGCUCACAGACGCCAUCCGCAGCCUGCUGCUCUCGUACGACAUCACCAAGGCCGUCGACGUGACACAGCCGUUUGCCUCGCACAUCUCUGCUCUGCUGCAAAGACCGCCCAUUGCGACCGCAGACGUGCGCAUCGACGGGUUCCGGCUGCACCGGUUCCUGCUCACGGUGAUGUCGGCGUACUUUGCGCAGCCCAGCGUGGAUUUCAGCGGCACCAGCAGCCAGGUGCUCCGGUUCCUGUUUGAGUACAUAUAUCUGGUGCCGUCGCUGGAUCUGAAGGGCGUCGACGUGGACGAGCUGCGUCGCGUCGCGGACCAGACCGGUCUCACGUACAUGCGCGUCGCCGUGGACAUGAUUCUCGCGCAGAAGUCUGCCGCAGACAUCAACAAAACCAAAAACACCGUGCAACACACCAUGUACGAGACGGCGCGGCAGAAACUGAAAAACCUGGUGGACGGGAUUGUCGCCAGCAAGAUCGCGAAGGACACAGAGCUCACGGCGGCCGAGAAACGCGCGCUUGUGGCUCCGUGGCACGCAGACCUGAUUUUCCGCGCGCAGGUCGGGUCCAGGACGCUGCACUACGCCGUGCACAGAGCUAUUUUUUCCAGGGCAGAAUACUACCUCACGCUGUUCGGGUCCGGGUUCCACGACACAGCCGUGUUUGGCGAGCUCGAGCAGGACGGCGUUGUCGACCUGGACCGUCUGCAUGCGGACGCGGACGCAAUCCCAGUGAUUUCUCUGCCCUCGUCGGACAUGCUGGAGAUCUCCGAAGAAACGGUGGAAAUUCUGCUGAAACAUUUAUAUUUUGACGAGGCAGACGUGCCGCCGCAGUUCGCGAUGGAGACGCUCGUGAUUGCAGACGCGCUGUUCAUCGACCGGCUCAAGACGAUCGCCGCAAUCAGUCUGUCGUCGAUCGAGGACUUCUCGACGGUGUCGAUCUCCGUCUACGACGUGCUGCGCGCGGCGUGGGAGUUCAAGGUGCACCGGCUGGAGGACCGCGUGGCCUAUUUGAUAGCGCAGGACCUGGGCUCGUUCUGUGCGGACCCGCAGUUCCGCGACAUCAUCCUGGAAUCGUCGCGACGGAUCAGCGAGCGGCAGGAGUUCGACACGAUCGAGCUGAUCGACGAUAUCCGCUUCUAUCUGGCGAAAAAACACGCGAUCGACCAGGACGGCGGGACGCUCAACCCGACAAUGGCGCGCGUCGAGAACGACGAGUAUCUGGAGCGCGUGCGGCAGUACGAGCAGGACAUUAUGGCGGUGGACGGGAUAUUGGAGGAGCUGGGGCUGAACGCAUAG